UAAGGACCUGAGAUCCUUGGUACAAAAUGUUACUAUUCAUCGAUAAUUCAUCUUUACCAGUCAACAUACUGUUUUUAUCAACAUGACGACCGCUAUCAAGAAUGUGGCCAUUAUCGGGGCCAGUGGGCUUCUGGGAAGUCGCAUUUCAACCGCAUUGAUGUCUACGGGACAUCAUGUCGCAGCGAUCCAGCGACCCAGCUCAGAGAAGCAGGUUCCCGCGGGAGUCCAGGUCAUCAAAGCCGAUCUCAACGACGAAGCCGCAUUGAAACAGGCCUUCACCGGUAUCGACGCAGUCAUCAGCGCCGUCGGCCUGCCCUCCUUCGAGACAGAGAAAGUAUGGAUCGACGCCGCCUUCAGCGCGGGCGUGAAGCGCAUCAUCCCGUCCGAAUUCACAACCAACAUGGAAUCCCCGAUCACGAUCCAACUCCCCGUGGCCACUGAAAAAGUGAAGGUCCGCCAAUACCUGCAGUCGAGGAUCACCAGCCCUUCCGCGCCAACGACCUGGACCUCCCUCAACAACGGACCCUUCUUCGACCUGACCAUCAAGUUCGGCGCCCUGGGCCCCAACCCCCUGACCCAGCAGGCCGUCUUCCACAACGGCGGCAACAACCCCAUCGGCCCAUCGACCCUGUCGGACAUCGCCACCGCCGUGGCGAGGAUCCUGGAUCCUGCUCACCUCGCGGAGACUGCUAAUCAACCGGUCCACAUCUACUCUGUGGCCAUCACGGAGCGGAAACUGACUGCCCUAGUGUCGAAGAUCACGGGGGUGGAUUUCGGAUCCGUCGAGGACGGCAGGAUCCCCGACCUGAACGUGUCCAAGCUGCUGGAGGAGUCGAAUGCGCAGCUGGCCAAGGGAGACUUCUCGGUCAUGAUGAACUACUAUUACGCGAUGAUGUAUGAAGAGGGCUACGGCGGCAAGGACUUUGAGAAGCUCUCGUGGAAUGAGCGAUUGGGGAUUCGCGUGAUGAAUGACGAGGAGCUGGAAGAGGCUGUACGCGGGCUCAUCGCGAACUGAAUGGUCUUGAUUCUUUAUAUGGGGUCUUUUGUGUUCCUGUAGAUAGUGGUGGAACCUCUCGCCAUGUUGGUGGUAGAUUCUGGUAGUUUCAUAGCUUAUUCCGCGAUGUUGUUAUAUGACCUUGUCUAUAUAGUUAAGGACUUACUCUGCUGUAUAUAAUAGUUGAUCAUGGUCUACGAGUCU